GCUUCCCCGCGUCUCUCCCCGAAAACCCCAACCCCAGCAAGGAUGGGACAUUUCGCCGGAACCUCCGCCUCCGCCUCCGCCGACGAGGCAUUCUGGACCGCGUGCCCGCACUGCUGCUACACGCACUCCUACCCGCGCCUCUACGUAGGUCGCCGCCUCCGCUGCCCCACCGCUACCUGCCGCCGCGUCUUCUCCGCCGACGAGCUCCCCUCCACGCCGCCCAUCGUCCCCGGCGCCGACAUGUACUUCUGCACCUGGGCCUUCUUCCCGCUCGGUCCUACUGCCGUCGCUGAAGGCUGGGCCCCAUUCACCCCCUUCAACCCCGCCCCCCCUCCCUCCCCCUCCCCCGUCCCAAACCCUACCGCUGCCACCCCCGCCUGUGCCGUUCCAACCCGCGUGAGACCCACCUCCAGGAAGAAGGUUGGCGUGUGCCUCAAGGGUAGGGCCCGUGUCGAGGCGGAGGAGGAAGAGGAAGAAGAGGAGGAGAAGGCAUCCACCGUCGCCAAUCUCAAGGCCGGAGAGGAGGUGCAGGCGGAUUGGCUGACCCUUGGCGACAACGGCGGCAGCAGCGGAAUCAACAUCAACGAGACGGUGGAUCUGAGCGAGCUGGGUUUCCGCGUUGACGAGUCGGGAUUUCUCCAAGAGAUUCCGUGAUCGAUGGGUGAGAAGAAAGGUUGUGCCUUUUGAUCAUACCGCGCUUAAGACUAGUAAUAACUGCAAAAAAAUGUACAUGGUUCGAAUAUGGGGAUGUUAGUACCGUAAUCGUCGUACUUUGGUUUAGUUUCUGAUGGAAAUGUAGGGUUUUAGCGGUUGAAGAGCUGCUAAGAUUUCCGCGUCCUUAAUCAUCGUGACCGUGGCCAUGGAAAUAUGAAAUGUGGCUCCUUUUGGGUGGACUUGGAUUCUCGUAGACAAUGUGGGAUCCAUGCCUUUUGUCAUGUGUGUGGUCUGUAUUAAUCUGAUGAUAUGCAGGGUGUCCUCUGGCAUAAUGUUGAUA